GCGAAACUCGGUCCAGCCUGCCACUUUACCUACCUCACCUUACCCAUCACCCUCACCCUUCACCCUGCACGAGACCACGACAACCGCCUUCUGAUCACCAUCAAAGGCGAGGCCAUAUCAGGAUCCAGAGCCCUCUCACUUUGUUCCUUUUCCUUCGUGGGCUGGCUGUCCUCUAAUACCUUGAUUCCACCCCUUUCUUACUGCCCAACUGGCAGCAAGCUGGCCACGAAACAAACAACCGACACUUUACGCACGCAUACCUCCCUCCAUUACCUCUUCACCCCUAUCUCUACCGGCUGUGUCCGCCGUCCGCCGGCUUCUCCCAUACCGCUCCUUAAUCCAGCUCGUCCCCAUCGCAGCUUUGAGUUCAUAAUCGAUCCGAACUUGCUGUGCGCAAGUCGGCGCAAGUCAUCAACAUGGCACCGCUGCCCAUCAAAUUCACAGAGCUGCUACAGCUCACCAGCAUAGGCGUCGACCAGGCUGCAAUUGGCUUCAACUCAUGCACACUCGAAUCCGACCACUACAUCUGCAUCCGAGAGAAGAAGAAUGAGGCCGCGUCUCCCGAAGUCGUCAUUGUCGACCUGAAGAACGGCAACAAUGUGACGAGACGACCAAUCAAGGCUGACAGUGCCAUCAUGCACUGGCACCUCAACAUCAUCGCACUCAAGGCCCAAUCGCGGACGGUCCAGAUCUUUGACCUGGAUAACAAGAAGAAGUUGAAGUCUGCCACCAUGAACGAGGAUGUCGUCUUCUGGAAGUGGAUCACCGACAGCUCCCUCGGCCUGGUCACAGACUCCGCCAUCUACCACUGGGAUGUGUUUGACGAGAACCAGAACAUGCCUGAGAAGAUCACCGACCGACAUGCCAACCUGACUGGCUGCCAAAUCAUCAACUAUCGCGUGAAUGGUGACGGCAAGUGGAUGGUGGUAGUUGGUAUCAAGCAAGAUCAAGGUCGUGUUGUCGGCCAGAUGCAGCUCUACUCUCGCGACCGUGGCAUCAGCCAGGCAAUCGAAGGUCACGCCGCCGGCUUCGGAACGAUUCGAUUGGACGGCGCUCCUCAGGAUACGAAGCUUUUCACCUUCUCCGUACGGACUGCCGCAGGCGCAAAGCUGCACGUCGUUGAGGUCGACCACGCUGAGACCAACCCCGUCUUCCCCAAGAAGGCCGUGGACGUCUUCUUCCCUCCCGAGGCAGUCAACGACUUCCCUGUCGCCAUGCAGGUGUCUCAGAAAUACGGUGUCAUUUACCUUGUCACCAAGUACGGUUUUAUUCACCUCUACGACCUCGAAACCGGCUCCUGCAUCUUCAUGAACCGCAUUUCCAGCGAAACGAUCUUUACGUCCUGCGGAGACAGCGAGUCAUCUGGCAUCGUGGGUAUCAACCGCAAGGGCCAGGUCUUGUUCGUGUCCGUCGACGACACCAACGUCGUCCAGUACCUGCUGCAGAACCCCGCCAACACCGAGAUGGCUAUAAAGAUGGCAUCCCGAGCUGGCCUUCCAGGCGCUGAUGAUCUCUAUGGACGCCAGUUCGACCAGCUUUUCAAUUCGGGCGACUACAUGGGCGCUGCCAAGAUCGCCGCAAGCUCUCCACGGGGCUUCCUGCGGACGCCUGCCACGAUCGAGAAGUUCAAGCGGCUGCCGCAGCAGCCUGGGCAGAUGUCUUUUAUCCUGCAAUACUUUGGUAUGCUGUUGGAUAAGGGGACUCUCAACCAGCAUGAGACUAUCGAGCUUGCGACGCCCGUCCUCGCACAGAACAGGAAGCAACUGCUUGAAAAGUGGCUGAAGGAGAACAAGCUGGACUGCUCUGAGCAGCUGGGUGAUCUUGUUAGGCCACAUGAUCUCAGCAUGGCCCUCACAAUUUACCUCAAGGCCAACGUCCCCCACAAGGUUGUUGCUGGGCUUGCUGAGACUGGUCAGUUUGACAAGAUCUUGCCAUAUGUCCAGCAGACUGGUUACACCCCUGACUGGGUCGGCUUGCUGCAGCAUAUCGUGCGCAGCAACCCCGAGAAGGGAGCCGAAUUCGCGACUUCGCUCGUCAACCAGCCCCAGGGGUCGUUGGUUGAUAUCGAACGCGUCGUAGAUGUGUUCCAGGCCCAGGGCAUGGUCCAACAGGCCACUGCAUUCCUGCUCGAUGCUCUCAAGGACAACAACCCUGAGCAGGGCCACCUUCAGACUCGCCUCUUGGAGAUGAACCUCAUGCACGCACCCCAGGUCGCAGAUGCGAUUCUUGGCAACGACAUGUUCUCCCACUUUGACAAGACCCGAAUUGCAACGCUUUGCGAGCAGGCUGGUUUGAUGCAGAAGGCUUUGGAGCUCUACGAGGACCCUGCAGCCGUCAAGCGAGUCGUCGUCAACAUCGCCGGCACACAAGGUUUCAACCCUGAAUGGCUUGUCAACUUCUUUGGCAAGUUGUCAGUCGAGCAGUCUAUUGACUGCCUUGACGCUAUGAUGAAGACCAACAUCCGCCAGAAUUUGCAGUCGGUCAUCCAGAUUGCCACGAAGUACUCUGAUCUUCUCGGUCCCGAGCGCCUCAUCGACCUCUUUGAGAAGUACAAGACCGCCGAAGGUCUUUUCUACUACUUGGGCAGCAUUGUCAACCUCUCCGAGAGCCCAGAUGUGCACUUCAAGUACAUCGAGGCCGCGACAAGGAUGGGCCAAUUCAACGAAGUUGAGCGCAUCUGCCGGGACAGCAACUACUACAACCCUGAGAAGGUCAAGAACUUCCUGAAGGAGGCGAAGCUCGCAGAGCAGCUGCCACUCAUUAUUGUGUGCGACCGACACAACUUUGUUCACGACCUCAUUCUCUACCUGUACCAAAACCAGCAGUUCCAGUCCAUCGAGACAUACGUCCAGCGUGUGAACCCCGGUAGGGCUCCUGCGGUUAUUGGUGGCCUCUUGGACGUCGACUGCGACGAGAACAUCAUCAAGAACCUACUGUCGACUGUCAACGCAGCUUCAGUGCCUAUCGAUGAACUCGUAGCUGAGGUUGAGUCGCGCAACCGCCUCAAGUUGCUCCUGCCAUUCCUGGAAGCGACUCUCGCAGCAGGCAACCAGCAGCAGGCGGUUUACAAUGCCCUGGCCAAGAUCUACAUCGACUCCAACAACAACCCUGAGAAGUUCCUCAAGGAGAACGACCAAUACGACACUCUUGUCGUUGGAAAGUACUGCGAGAAGCGCGAUCCCAACCUGGCGUACAUCGCCUACAGCAAGGGCCAGAACGACCUCGAGCUCGUCAACAUCACAAACGAGAACUCCAUGUACCGUGCGCAAGCCCGGUACCUUCUUGACCGUGCGGACAAGGAGCUGUGGUCAUUCGUCCUCAGCGAGAACAACCUUCACCGCCGGUCGGUUGUAGACCAAGUGAUCUCGACUGCAGUGCCUGAGUCCACUGAUCCCGCCAAGGUCUCUGAGGCUGUGGCUUGCUUCCUGGCUGCUGACCUUCCUGGUGAGCUCAUUGAGCUGCUUGAGAAGAUCGUCCUCGAGCCAUCGCCUUUCAGCGACAACCAGAACCUCCAGAACCUGCUCAUGUUCACCGCCGCAAAGGCUGACAAGGCUCGUGUCAUGGACUACAUCCAGCGAUUGGACGGCUUCGAUGCCGAGGAAAUUUCUGGCGUUUGCAUCAACGUAGGCUUGUACGAGGAGGCAUUCGAGAUCGCCAAGAAGAUUGGUGACAAGGUCGGUGCCGUUUCGGUGCUUGUUGAGCAUGUUGUCAGCAUUGACCGUGCUCAAGCAUACGCGGACGAGGUUGACCUGCCGGAUGUGUGGAGCAAGGUUGCGAAAGCACAGCUCGAUGGUCUGCGCGUCAGUGAUGCCAUCGAAUCCUACAUCAAGGCUGAGGAUCCCAAGAACUACUCCGAGGUAAUCGAAAUUGCUGUUCAUGCGGGCAAGAACGAGGAGCUUGUCAAGUACCUUCGUAUGGCUCGCAAGACCCUUCGCGAGCCGGAGAUCGAUACCGCCCUUGCCUUCUGCUAUGCUCGGCUUGACCAGAUCGGUGAGCUGGAGGACUUCCUGCGAGGCACUAAUGUUGCCAACAUCGAGGAGUCAGGUGACAAGGCUUAUGAGGAGGGUCUCUACCAGGCCGCCAAGAUUUUCUUCACCAGCAUUUCCAACUGGGCCAAGUUGGCUACCACCCUUGUCCACCUCGAGGACUACCAGGCUGCUGUUGAGUGCGCUCGCAAGGCGAACAACAUCCGGGUGUGGAAGCAGGUCCACGGUGCGUGCGUCGACAAGAAGGAAUUCCGCCUGGCCAAGAUCUGCGGUCUCAACCUUAUCGUCGAUGCCGAGGAGCUGCAGACCCUCGUCAAGCAGUACGAGCGCAAUGGCUACUUCGACGAGCUGAUCGACCUGCUGGAGCAGGGUCUUGGUCUGGAGCGCGCUCACAUGGGCAUGUUCACCGAGCUGGGCAUUGCUCUGUCGAAGUACCACCCUGAGCGACUCAUGGAGCACUUGAAGCUGUUCUGGAGCCGUAUGAACAUGCCAAAGAUGAUCCGCGCCUGCGAGGAGGCCAACCUGUGGCCUGAGCUUGUGUUCUGCUACUACCACUACGACGAGUACGACAAUGCUGCCCUCGCCGUUAUGGAGCGCCCAGAGAACUCGUGGGAGCACCAGCAGUUCAAGGAGAUGGCAGUCAAGGUUGCCAACCUGGAAAUCUACUACAAGGCCAUCAACUUCUACCUGGAGCAGCACCCCUCGCUUCUCACCGACCUUCUGCAGGCCCUCACUCCUAGAAUCGACGUGAACCGCGUUGUUCGCUUGUUCCAAAAGUCCGACAAUCUCCCAUUGAUCAAGCCCUUCCUGCUGAAUGUGCAGACACAGAACAAGCGCACAGUCAACGACGCCAUCAAUGAUCUUCUCAUUGAGGAAGAGGAUUACAAGACGCUUCGCGAUUCUGUUGAGAACUACGACAACUACGACGCCGUGGACUUGGCCUCCCGUCUCGAGAAGCACGACCUUGUCUUCUUCCGACAAAUUGCUGCCAGCAUCUACCGCAAGAACAAGCGCUGGGAGAAAUCCAUCGCCCUGUCCAAGCAGGACAAGCUCUGGAAGGACGCGAUUGAGACGUCUGCCAUUUCUGGCAAGACCGAAGUUGUCGAGGACCUGAUUCGAUACUUCGUCGAUGUAGGCAACCGUGAAUGCUAUGUCGGCAUGCUGUACGCCUGCUACGACCUUCUGCGCCCCGAUCUCAUCUUGGAGCUGUCUUGGCGCAACGGGCUGAACGACUUCACCAUGCCUUACAUGAUCAACAUGUUGGCUCAGCAGACCAAGGAGCUUGCGCUUCUGAAGUCUGACAACGAGGCUCGGAAGGCCAAGGAGAAGGAGCAGGAGAAGGUCGAGGACAACACACCCAUUCUCGGCAACCGCCUCAUGAUUACUGCUGGACCCGGUGGCGGUGGUGGUGCCCCCAACGGCUUUGCCCCUCAGCCAACUGGGUUUGCCCCUCAACCAACCGGAUUUGGUUUUUAGAUGCAGCCUCCGGUUGUCAAUGAUAUCCCAAACAAACUUGUUUCAUUUGGCGGCAGCUUUUAGGGCGCCUGAGUUUCUACCCUCGAGGGCUGGGGAGAGUUUCUUCAAAUUCACGAGUCUGAUGAAGCCACUUGAUGCACCUGCUGCCCAGACCUAUUUGUCCGCGUGAGACGACUCCCAGGUUGAGCCCGGAGAAAAAUGCACCCCGGCGGGCCGAGGCCACUGUUUUCGUGCCCAAAAUUCAUUCCAUCGUGGACUCGCCUGGGCUUAUCUAGAGGGCCGUGUCGUGGGAGGCGGUGAAUGGAGUGCGGGUGGUUGUCCUUCUCCUUCGGCAUGCAUAUGGGUGGAUUAGGAGACGCAGGCAUUCGGGAUGGUUUUUCACCAUCCUUUCUACGGUUUGGCGGUUCGGUUGAUUAUGGGCUCGGGGCGGCCACCGUGUUCGAGCCAUGAGAGACGAUCAUAACACACGGCCAAAAUGCAAGGAUGUGGACGUGGAGAUAAAGACUACUGUAUGAUGUAAAUUACGCAUGUCAAUUAUUUCGUGAUCUCAUUCACCUAUGCUGCCUCCUGAAUCAUGCAUGCCCGGUGCGGUUUCACAUAUUCAAAGAUGAGUACCAGAUUGAAUUUUGGUGGCAUAGCCUGGCGAGAUAGCAUGUUUUUCCCACGGCAGUCAGUGACCGAGAACAUUCUGAGCUAAACCAUACGCCAGGAUUUCUCGCGCUUUCUUGAUAUCUGCGAAAACGGCCCCGGCCUUUCCCAUGAGCUCACUGCGCCCAACAUCAAGAAUAAGAACGUGCCCAACAUGUUCAGGCUAGGUAAAAUCUCGUGAGAUGAGGUAUGUCGGUCCGCUGCUUGGUUGAUGGCACCCAUGGGGAGCGCUGGGUUGACCAACUAGGUAAACGGAUCACUGCUUCCUCUCCUCUUGCCGAGUAUCCUGACCCCCAUGGAGGAGUGAAAGAGGUAGGUUAUUAGACUGCAAGAGGAGUGGGUGUCUUGAUCGAACGUGGGCAACAAUGCGGGGAUGAGACAUGAUUCUUUUUUGGUGCGGGCACGCAUGCUUUUGUGUGUGAAUUGCUUCGAUUGGCUCUAGAACGACUUCCCCAGGACCCUCUCGAUCGUCGACCUGGGCAUGCAAUACACGGGGUCGACAGGCUGCGUGCCAGGGAAGCCCAGCAGGCUCAGGCCGGUCAUGCCAAAGCACGUGUGCCAGACGUCGACCAUGUCGCCGGGCCUGUCGGCGAUGCCGCCGGCGACGGGGUCCUGGCAGCGCAGGAUGAAGCGCACGAGGGCGGCGCGGUCGACCCAGUGGGCCCUGCCGAUGACCUGGAGGCUGCUGAGGACCCACCAGCUGUAGCAGACGUCCUCGGCCUUCUCGGGGCGGCCGUUGAGCCCGCCGCCGGGGGUCUGGCGCUCGGCGAGCCAGCGGCCCAGGCGGUCCCUGUCGACCAGGUCCAGGCGGCCGGCGAUGGCGAGCGCGGCGACGCACGUGAAGAUCUGGCCCGAGUGCGACUCGGCGCCCGGGCUGACGCCGUACCCGCCGUCAAAGUUGGCGCAGGCGGCGAUGUGGCCCACGGCCCUGUCGACGUCGACGAGGUGCAGCAGGCCGAGGAGGGAGAGGGCGUUGAGGGCGCCGUAGAGGAAGCGCGUGUCCUCCUCGCCCCACUCGUCGCCGGCGAAGGUGCCUGUCUCGCGGUUCUGCAGGCUUGCGAUGACUGUGGGGGGGUGUCAGCGUCAAAUUAUGUGUUAUUGUUCCAUGAAUGAGAGAGUACGUGAGUGGGUGAGAGGAGAUGGAGUGUGAGAGAGAGGAAGUGAGUGAGUGAGUGAGAGAAAAGGAAUGGCAAAGCACCAACGCACACUCGCCAACCUUGGCCCUGCCCCUGCCCCUCUCCUCGAGCUCGUCAAAGGCGUCGACCAUGGCGAGGAUCUGCACGGCGCUGACGGUGUAUAGCAUGUGGGCGUCGUGGCCCGGGGCGGCGCCGAAGCCGCCCGAGUCGUGCUGGCACGAGAGCACAAAGUCGAUGGUCUCGGCGCGCGGCAGGGCGUCCGGGUGGCCCAGCAGGUGCAGGGCGACGAGGCCCCAGUAGACGCCGUUGAGGCGCAGGUGCUCGGUCAGCCAGUAGUCAUACUCGUCCUUGCGCGUGUCCAGCGACUGGAUGUAUCUGACGUGGUUGGCCGUCGCCAGCUGCAGCUCGUCCGGGAGGGCGUCCAGCUUCGUGGCCAUUGUCGGGGCGGGUGGUUUUAUACUUGCUGUCGGGCGAGUGCGAGACAAGGUGGCUUGGUUCUCUGGCUGAGUGACUGACUGCACUGACUGGGAUGUGGUCGCCAAGGACGGGGGCUG